AUGCCCCUGGCCUUCAAGACGGUCCCCAUUCCCGGAUUGGCAGAAAAGGAGCUGGAACUGCUGCACGACCUCGGUAGCCUGCCCUAUGUUAUUCAGCUCCAGGAUUCGUUCGUCAACGAUAACGGAGCCACGGUCCUGGUCCUGCCCAUGCUGAAGCGGUUUGACUGCCACGCCGUUAACAAGAACAUCUGCUCCAUUCGCAAGACCAUCAAGCAAGUCCUCACCGGUCUGGCUGCUGUCCACGCUAAGAACAUUGUCCAUCUCGAUAUCAACCCCUCCAAUCUGAUGGUGACCCACACCAAACGGGAUGUUGUGAUCAUCGAUUUCGGUCUCUCCAUGACAGUCGAUCGCCGUCCGGAGAAUAAUUAUGUAUCGAGCGAAAAGAUCCCGGUCUGCGGUACGACUGGUUACAUUGCCCCGGAGAUUAUGAACCCACAGUUCUAUGAAAAACAUGAUCCGACCGCAGCGGAUCUGUAUUCUCUUGGCGUUGUCCUCGGUGAGAUGCUGGAGCCCUACAUCCCCGACUGCGAUUUACAAUAUUUUGGAUCAAAAUACUUGAGUUUUGAGAAUACGAAUCAGACGGUGCGUGCGCUGAAGGACUUUAUUGGCCAGGACAAGGUCUAUCCUCAAGUCCUGAUUCAGGCAGCGGAUUUGCUGAGGAACAUGUUGGAGGAGAAUCCCAGGGACCGCAAGUCUGCCCAGGAUCUGUUGGAUACUCACCCGUUCCUGAAUGUAAGCCCUUCCAGUGUUGGAUCAGCAAAUGGAACACUUGAAUUGUGCGAUUGGAUGUAUCGUGUGCAGGAGAUCAAGUACCAAAAGUAUCUUUGUCAGGAGCAAAAUGGAUACGAAGUUUACCGAUACCGAUAG